UUUUAUAGAAUAAACACAAUUUAUUCAUAUUAAUUUCUUUGUGAUUGUGUUAGCACGGUUUAGUGCUAAACUGCUCAUUGCUUAAUACGAUCAUCUCGCAAUUCAAAAAACCCCUUUAAACUGAAGAAACUUCUCAUAGAAGAAUGAAAACUAAAGCACUCGCCGUGCGUCGCCCCGAUAAACCUUACCGGCCGUCGUCGUCAACCACCACCUCCACCGUAAGGGCUCUUCCUCCUCCCAUUACGGAUCAUAAUCUUAAUGCAUUAGGAGAAGAUAGUCAGAAAAUUAUGGAUGUAGAAAUAUCAAGUGACAGUGACGGUGGAGAAAAUAUUAUGGAUGGUGGUUCUAGUGAUGUUGAUCUUAUAUACACGUGUUUAAAAUGCCGUAACGGCGGAAAUUUGCUUAAUUGCUGUGGCGAUGGCUGUGCUGUUUGUCUUCAUGGUAGUUGUAUUCCCUGCGGCCCUAGCUACGAUGAAAAUGGAAAGUUUUAUUGCCCUCAUUGUUGGUAUAGAACUCAUCGAGCUACGGUCGAUGAGUGGAAGAAGAAGGCUUUGACUGCUAAGGAUUAUUUGGUCAAGUUUAUAGAUUUUAACCCUGUUUAUGUAGAGAAGCUAAAUGAUGGGAAAGGGCAUGGGGGUGAUUCAAAAGUUGUACCAGUUAUGGAGGGGGAAAAUGAAUGCUCUGAGCAUUUGGACAGGACUGAUGUUGAUGGUGAUGUGGGGAAAAAGAUCGGGGAAGUGAAGAAAGACCAUCGAAAUGAUAAGAAUUUGAAGAUAUCUGAUGAUGAUCGAAGUAGAGAAUUAACUGAACAUAAAACAAUAUCUGGAACUUAUGAGUUUGAAGAUUUAGAUGAUGAAGUGAUGGAGCAAGAAGGCCAGGAUAAUGAACAAGUUGCUGAUGAAGUUAGGAUUCUUGGAGGAGAAGAAAAAGCACUUGCAGAUGGCCACCAGGCAGAAGAAGAUACCAUUCAUGAUGGUCCACUUCAUGGAUUAGUAGGAGAGUUAGAAUCUAAAUCUUUAAACGUAUCUAGAGGAAACCAGGUGAGGGAGGAUAAUGAAGAAGGAAUGCAUGCGGAUGCACCUGCAGCCAAUAAUAUGACUGCUGCAGUGAAGCAGGAAACUAACAACAAUGAAAUUCGACAAAAUAAAUCACCAGUUCAUUCACAAUGCACCUCGGCAAAAGAUGAUAGGGACCGGAUGGAGGAAUCAAUUUCAUUGCAGAAGUCUAGACAGUUGAAAGAUUCUGAUAAGAUGCUUAUGUUUGUACCAUCUCCAAAGCGUAAAAGAAUGAAAUGGACACCAGAAGAGGAAGACAUGCUAAAGGAAGGUGUGCAUAAAUUUUCAUCUAAAGUUAAUAAAAAUCUUCCUUGGCGGAAAAUUUUGGACUUUGGUCGUCAUAUGUUUCAUGAAACACGAACACCUUCUGAUCUCAAAGAUAAGUGGAGGAACAUGGGGGCGAAGAGUGGUUAGCAAGUUUGGUACGUUCUCUUGAUUCUUAGGACCAAAGAGGAAGAAGGUGAAUCACCGACAGUUUAACAUGCAUUACAUUCCUAUGUAGGCAUUAGACACUAAUUGAACCUGCAAAACCUUUUUGUUUUGUUUUUUUGCUGAUCCCCUUUCUCCUUAGAACAAGAGAACAUAGGUGAAAUGUUCUGAAACAUCAGUACAUACCUUUUUGAUUAUUUUUGCUGAUGCCCUUCCACUGCUCUCUUUCUUUUUGUCCAAAUGUGCCUAUAUGCUCAUAGGUGUGCUCUUUUUGCUUAGAUGUAUGUAGAAUACAUAGCUGGUGUUAAUAUUAUGUUGAUAAUCUAAUGUUUUCUU